CAUAAAAUUUUAGGCUUUGAUUUAGUCAACUCGAGACACAGACGAAAUGCCUUGGCAAUUUGUCUACUCUGGUAUGUACCAGGACAGCAAUUCCCUCGUCCUCUGCUCCCGAAUGUCGAGCGGAGAGCCCAUCCCAGUGGUCAGGUCGUGGGUAGGAGACAAUUGCCUGCUGGGCUAUGCCAUGGACAAGAUCGGCUACUUCGUGUACUCUCAAAGUGGAGGCUUCAACUGCUACUCAGGCAAAAAUUACCAGUUGCUCUAUGCCGACGGCCUUGAAUUUUCUAACCCUGAGGACGUUCCAAAGAGAGACAGGUUUGUGGCAGGAUUAACCGUUAAGAACAAAAACAUUUACAUUGGCAGCUUUGAUGUACAAGGAAUAGAUCUUUGCGGCAUGGUAGUUCACGGAGUUUGCGCUAUUAACGCCUACUGGAAUAAUAAAAAGGCUGAUAUCCAAAGAAAUGAUUAUAAAAUUCUGGCACACUCGCACUGUUAG